AUGCAGGUUUUUUUGGAGGCGAAUGAGCAGAUAGACAUCGAGGACGAAGACCGGCCCAUGGGCCUGGGCUUGUACGAAAAAUCGUUCAGAGAGACUUGUUUCAAAAAAAGACUGGAUGAGGGCAACCUGUGUCCAGAGGGCAACCUGUUCUUGGUGCCCAUGUGCGACACAUGCAACAAGACACAAGAAACAGCCAAUUUUUGGUUCGAGCUCAAACCCGGAACUAUUUUAGUAGAAACCUGUGUCCGGGAGAACUAUGCAAAGAAAAAACGGCGGCUGGUGGUCUAUUUAUGUCCGAGCAAGGAUGGUGCUCGGCUUUGGCGACCUGAUUGUUGUCUCGACAACAAGGGUCCGAGGUCCUCUGCCAAAAAACAUUCUGGCAUCAUACCCAGAACCAGCCUCUUGAGCUACCGCCUGGAAAAAAAGAAACGGAAAGUAGCUUUUUGGUGCAUGGCCUGUAACGAUUGUGUCGAGGAGGAUGUGAAGUAUAAGGAGGACAAGAUGGACAAUUUUGCCAGGAUGAGUAAGGCCAUUGAGUUAUUGGAGAUGGCAGUGCAGGCGUUCAUCAAACAGCUGGAUAACGUGAUCGAGAUCAAGGAUGUGAAAUUUCACUUUUCGAGCCUUCGUAUGACCUUUCAGACAACGCCGGCGAACGAAGAACACCUGAAACAACUUGCGGAUGAGAUGGACAGCAAAUCAGUGGAUGAAGCCUUGAUCAAAACAGAAUUCGAUAAAAAGAAGAAAAAUGCCAAUGAGGAAGAUUCAAAAGCUUUAGAAGAAGCUGAACAGUAUUUCCUGGACUCAAUCAUGCCAUGUAAGAAGAAAACAGAAAUCAUUGAUCUAGGAGGCACCUCACAAAACAAAGGAAACGCUGCCAGCAUUGACAGAGCAGAUCCUUAUCCUCAAACCUUGGAGAGGGCCAGGACGAAUGCUGCCAAUGCAGCUGAGAUGACAAAAAGGAUGUGUGAUGCCGCUGCUGAAGCAGCACAUGAGAUGUGUAUGGACAAGAUGGCUUGGGCUCAAAGCCAUAGUCUCGAUGCACCUCCGAAGCUCGGAGAGAGUCUCAAAGAAGCAAUGAUGAGACGUGAACAUGUGAAGCCAUCCUCAGAGAUCUCUGAUGUGAACCGCCUCCUCCAGAUGUGCAGUGGAGGGCGGGCAUUGAAGGGUUGCAUACCAACCACGCAAUUCUGGAGCAAAAGUCCAACUUUUUCCCUCAUGGGUACUCCCAAAGAUGCUGACUUGAAAUCAUUGUCAUGGCACAAAGAUUUUGAAUAUCACUUCGGGAGCCUGGAUGAAGCAAGUGACACAUUGACCAUGGCCAAAUGUUUUGGAACCUCGAGCAUUGACAGCUUUGUGAAGGACACGCGCCGGAGCUUCUUGGGCUUUUCUGGAGGCUCAGGCAAAUUUGAGUCGACCUCUGCCGAGGAGACCAAAGAGAGUUCCAGCAUCGCGUUGACGCAAAAGUCUCGUGCUCAAACGGUCCACAGUCUGCGCUUGAAAUCCAUUGCAAGAUUCAAGAUCGAAUUGCCACAAGAAGGACUCCCGCUGUCGCAAAGAGCUCUUGAGGACUUGCGUUCACUCUACGAGACAUGGAAAUUGAGAUGGAAAGACCAGAGCGGUUCAGCUUCAAUAGCUGGAGAUCAGGAGACGCAGAAGUUUUCCGAGGAGCUCAGUAAGUGGUUGCGGCAGUUUUUCGAAGAUUUUGGUUCCCAUUUGACUUCUGGCACUUUCUCCUUGGGAGGAAUCUUCAUUCAUCAAGGUGUCACAGUCUCAAAUGAGAAACUUUCUGCAGCAGCUGCCAUGGAUGCCUUUUCCCAGGCCCGAUCAAAAUCCAGCAGUUCUGAGUCCAACUCGGGCUUCGAUGGAGCAGUGCUGGGGGAUGUCAUCAAAGAUGUUGGCAACAGCAUGGAGCAAAUCGGUUCAGAGGCCGCACUGUUGGCUGAAGGCGCAGUUACAGUGGCGGCAGUGGCAGAGGGUGGGCCUGCUGCUGCAGGUGUGGGUGCACAGGCCGGCCAGCUUGCAACCGCUGCUGUGAAGAUGCAGACGAAGGCAAUGUCAGCCAUGACGAAGAGUGUUGGGGCAGUGAUGAGCAGUAUCAAGAUCUACAUCUUCGCACCUUCACAUCUGCAGAUCUACAUCUUCACACCUUCACAUCUGCUGCUCUACAUCUUCACACUUUCACAUCUGCAGAUCUACAUCUUCACACUUUCACAUCUGCAGAUCUACAUCUUCACACCUGCACAUCUGCUGAGCUACAUCUUCGCACCUUCACAUCUGCAGAUCUACAUCUUCACACCUUCACAUCUGCUGAUCUACAUCUUCACACCUGCACAUCUGCUGAUCUACAUCUUCGUAAAAUUGCGACAGAUUCGCAGCACGUGCGGCAAGAAGUUUUGCGCGGAGAACGGCGUAGUGAGCAAGGCAACGAAGCACAGGAUACAAACCCAGACACAGAGCCUGAGCUUUGCUUUGGGAGCGUACGUCGGCCUUGGUUGCAGUUCGAAAGCUUACUUGGAUGGCCCACGGGGUUGCUAA